AUGCUGCUGCGGUACCUCGUACCGCUACUCCUCGCGGCCACCACCGCGACCGCCACUUUCGUGCUCGAGGAGGCCACAAUCGAGUCCAUCCACCGCGCCUUCGCCGGCGGCGCGCUCACCUCGCGCGGCCUCGUCGAGCUCUACCUGCGCCGCAUCGCGACCCUCGACCCGGCCCUCCACGCCGUCGUAGAGCUGGACGCUGACGGCGCGCUCGCCGCCGCCGACCGUGCCGACGCCGCCCGCCUCCUUGGAGGCGCCGCGUUCCCGCCGCUCCACGGCAUUCCCGUGCUCAUCAAGGACAACAUCGCCGCGGCCGGCGCCUUGAACGCGACGGCCGGGUCGCUCGCGCUGGUCGGGUCCCGCCCCGCGCGCGACGCCGGCGUGGUCAAGCAGCUCCGGCGCGCCGGCGCGGUGAUCCUCGGCACCGCCAGCCUCAGCGAGUGGUGUAACUUCCGCGCCCCCGGCGUCCCCGCCGGCUGGAGCCCCCGCGGCGGCCAGGGCAUGAAUCCAUACGUGCCGUCAGCGACGACCUGCUCCUCCAGCAGUGGCUCCGCCAUUGCGGCGGCGGCAAACAUGGUGGCGGUGACGAUUGGGACCGAGACGGAUGGCUCCAUCAUGUGCCCCUCCAGCUUCAACUCCGUUGUCGGGAUCAAGCCCACGGUCGGCCUCACAAGCCGUGCCGGCGUCAUCAUCAUUUCUCCGAGGAUGGACACAGUUGGGCCAAUCUGUAGGACUGUUUCAGAUGCAGUAUAUGUGUUGGAAGCAAUCGUUGGUUACGAUCCACAGGAUGCAGAGACAACUCGCAUGGCAUCUCAGUAUAUCCCGGAAGGCGGUUACAGGCAAUUCUUGAACAUAGAUGGUCUGAGAGGCAAGAGGAUUGGGAUUCUCAGGAAGGAUUUCUUCCUGUUUCCCUCAGGAUCUAUCCAACAGAACGUGUUUGAGGAGCAUUUUGACACUAUGAGGCAAUUGGGGGCCAUCUUGGUGGACAAUCUUGAGAUACCAAGCAUGAAUGUCAUCAACGAUGCAGUGCGAAGCGGCGAACGUGCUCUAAUGCUCGCCGAGUUCAAGCUGUCCCUCAACUCUUACCUGUCUGAGCUGGCCACCACACCUGUUAAAUCAUUAUCAGACAUAAUUGAAUUCAACGACAAGCAUCCUGUCAAGGAAAGGAUGGCUGAAUUUGGCCAGAGUUACCUUGUGCAGUCUGAAGCAACAAACGGCAUUGGUCCGACCGAGGAGCAUGCCAUUUCCAAACUGAACGAGCUGUGCAAGGAGGGCCUUGAGAAGAUUGUGCGAGCCAAUCAACUGGACGCAGUCGUCGCUCCUGGUGCGUCUGCUCAUAGCCUGCUUGCGAUCGGUGGCUACCCGGCGAUCACUGUCCCGGCCGGAUACGGGUCAGAUGGCGUUCCUUUCGCGAUCUUCUUUGGAGGGUUGAAAGCUUCAGAGCCGAAGCUUAUUGAGAUUUCUUAUUCCUUCGAGCAGGCAACGAAAGUCAGGAGACCUCCACCAGUAUUGCAGCAUUCUGCCCUUUGAUUGUAGUGUUGUUUUUACCUGAUUGUACCAUUUUCAAGUCUGAAAGAAGAAAUAACACUUUCUUGGUGAGAAACAUGUACAAGUAUGUUAGCAUUUUCAGAU